AUGGCGACCGCCGCCGCGGCCGCGGAGCUCCCGCCGCCGCGGUGUCGCGCCCAUCGACGCGGUCGACGACGCCCCGUCGCGCGAUGGGUCGUCGUCGCCGCCGCGGCGAACGCGAACGACGCGGGGACGAAGCGCGAUCGCGACCUCGCGGAGAGAGCGAGAGCGCAGAAGACGACGUACGCCGCGGUCGAGCGCGCGUGGCGCGACGGCGGCGCGCUCGACGGCGCGAACGACGACGCCGUCGAGCGCACGGUGCGUCGAACGCUUCAGCUCGCGAAGCACUUCGAGCGGCUGCGGUUCCAGCAGGAGGUGGCCCUCGGCAAGUACGGCGAGGGCGUCGUCCUGCCCGCCUCGCACUCGGAUCCGAUCUGGCUCGCGUCGAGACUGCGCGUCCUGUCGCGCCUCACGCGCGUCGCCCCGGAGGAGCUCCCCGCGAUGGUCGAGAUCGUGGGCGCGGACUUGCUCGCGGUGUCCCCCGCGAAGGUGAUGCGCGUCGUCGUCGCGCUGAAGGACCUCCUGCCGAUCGCGGACGCGUCCUCCAUGAUCGCGGCGGAGCCCGAGCUUCUCGUCGUCGCGGACGAGCGCGUCAUCUUGUAUUCGGGAAUGGACGCGAUGCAGACGUUACGCGGGAUGGACAUCCCGGAGCCGUGCGUGAGGUUGCUGCUCGCGGAGGAGCCGGGGUUGAUGCUCGGGAAGGGCGGGCUCGUGCGAUUGGAUCAGAUACGCGAGCAGGCGGAGACGCACGCGGAAAAUCUCAGAUCCAUCUGCGACGGCGUGCGCGACGACGAGCCGUUGGACGUGAACGCGCAGCGGUGGUUCACGAACUUCUUCUGCGGGUAUUACUAGUAGCGUAGAAUGUACUGUGCGCGCGCACGUAGACUUCUUCUUAUUCUUCUUCUCUCUCUUCGCGCGCGCGCGCGCGAUCAGACCGCGCCGCCGCCGCCGCCGCCGCCCCCUGCCGCGAAGCCGUCGCCGCCGCCGCCGCCGCCGUCGUCUCCCGCGCGCAGCUGUAGGGCUCGUUCCAUACGAAGCGACGUCGGGGUGGAGUUCAAAGGCAUCAGAUGGAGUUGAAAGGCGUCGCGG